AUGGCGACGUCAUCAGAUUUUGCGUUGAAAAUUAUGAAGUUGAACGGUUCUAACUACCGGAAUUGGGCGUUUAACAUACGGCUUUACCUGGAAAGUUUGGAUUUAUACGGACAUGUCGAUGGAUCGGCUGUGAGUCCUGGAGAAGAUCCUACUGAUGCUGUGAAACAAGCUUUCAGAACUGCUUCGAAGAAAGCAUGGACGUACAUUUGCUUGGCAAUUGAGCCUGAGCAGCAAAUACACGUAAGAGACACUACUACUGCAAAAGAAGCCUGGGAUGCGCUCAAAAAUCAAUUUGCACGGGAAUCGAUUUUACAGAAAAUAAGAUUGCGACAACAAUAUUAUACCUGUAAAUUUCAUAGUGGUGGCAACAUGUUAGCGCAUAUAAACAAUAUGAGAUCCCUCCAUGACCAACUGAAGGAAAUGGGCAUCAAUGUCGAUGAUAAAGAAUUGGCGAUGACUUUACUUGGUAGUCUUCCUGAAGAAUUCAAACCUCUGAUCACAGCUUUAGAUGCUGUUGGAGAAAAUAAUUUAUCAUAUGAAAAAGUAAAAGGAAUGCUUUUGAAUGAUGUUGACCGAAAAUCUGAUACGAAAAAGAAUGAAGAUGCUUUUUCUGCACAGCGUGGUUUUGGUGCUAAAGGAAAAAGAUGGUCGCGACAUGGUAACACUCAAGGUGGUGAUGGAAAGUCAAAUUAUCAGAAAGGUGAUGGGAAAUCUGAAAGACCCUUUCAUGGUCUUUGUCAUUUUUGUCAUGAGAGAGGGCAUUUUGCAAGAGACUGCCCCAAAAAGAAUCCAAAGAAUAAGAAGUUUGCUAAUGUUGUAAAAGGAGAACAGCAAGAAGAUGUUCACGAGGUCACCAAUCAAGAAGCUUUAUUUACUUCUAAUGACGAUAGCAAUUGUGGUUGGAUCAUAGAUUCAGGUGCCACACAACAUAUGACAUCUGAAAAGAAUCGACUGGUCAAUUAUGUUGAAUUUAAGCAACCUUGUAAAGUGAAUCUUGGCGAUGAUCGCACUAUUUUUGCAUUUGGUAAAGGAACUUAUAAUCUUGUAGCUGAUCUGGGUAACGGACGUACCCAAAACAUUGCUCUCAAGGAAGUUCUGUACUUACCUGAUCUGAAGAAGAAUCUGUUAUCUGUCCAAGUAAUGGGAAAGUUAGGUGCAUUAAUUCAAUUUGAUGGUGUCCAAUGCAAGAUAGAGAGAAAUUCAAAGCUGCUAGCUACUGGUGAGCUGCAUGGUAAGCUGUACAUGCUGAAGAUUAUUCCUGGAGUGGAGUAUAUCAAUGUUGCGAGAGAAGCACCAGAUAAGAAUUUGUGGCAUUGUCGAUUUGGACAUUUAGGAAUGAACGGUAUUUCUAAAUUGAUCAAUGAAAACAUGGCUGAAGGAAUGAACUGUUCUGACCAUGGUAAAGAAUCAUCAUUAUGUGAAUCAUGCGUGAUGGGAAAGCAACACCGCACACCAUUCCCAAAAGAUACCCGACACCGAGCAAGUGAACUGUUUGAAAUCAUUCAUACAGAUGUUUGUGGUCCUAUGCAUGUAAAAUCAUUUGGGAAUUCAAAAUACUUUGUUACAUUUAUCGAUGACUAUUCAAAGUAUACACAGGUGUAUUUUCUUAAGAGUAAGGAUGAAGUCCUUGAGAAAUUUAAAGAGUUUGUGAGCUACGUCAAUACUCUUGGAAAGAAGGUGAAAGUUCUACGAUCGGACAAUGGCGGCGAGUAUUGCUCCAAAGCGUUCAAGGAUUACUUGAAAGAACAUGGAAUCCUACAUCAAACAACAGUUCCGUACAACCCUGAACAGAACGGUACUGCAGAACGCAUGAACCGUACUCUACUAGAAGCUGCUCGUUCGAUGAUGUAUCAUGCUGGUAUGCCUAAAGAAUUCUGGGCUGAAGCGGUGAACACUGCAACGUAUACAAGAAACCGAAGUCCUACUAAUUCUUUGAACAAUGCUACACCAUUCGAAUGCCUAUUUAAUCGUAAACCAGAUGUAUCCAAUUUAAAGGUAUUUGGCUGUGUGGCAUAUGUACAUAUUCCUGACCAUCAACGAAAGAAAUUAGAAGAGAAAUCCAGAAAGUGCAUGUUUGUAGGAUAUCCCGAUGGUACUAAAGGAUUUAAACUGUACGACCUGACAAAGAAGACUUUCAUCAGAAGUCGAGAUGUUAUAUUUGAAGAAAGAAGUUUCCAUAAGUUCAAAUACGAACAGUCUUCUGAAUCAAAUUCUGACGUCUACUACCCAGCAAAGGAAGAUUCUCAAGUUAAUCCACCAAUUGGUCAAGUUCAAAUUCAAGCUGAUGAUGAAAAUGUGAAUGUUGAACAAAAUCCUCAACCGAUUUUGGAAAACAAUGUUCCUCUCCAAGAGAAUAACAAUCGAGUGGGAGCUAGGUAUGAAGAUAACUUUAUGCGUGAAGUGGAAAAUUUGAAUCAACCAAGACAACGAAGAGCACCUGAAAGAUACGAAGAAAUGUAUGUCUGUGCUGAUGAUCUUACUGCGGAUAUAAACGAACCCCGUAAUAUCUCGGAAGCCUGGUCUAAUGAGUACAACACACAAUGGAAGAAAGCGACCGACUCGGAGUUCAAUGCAUUAAUGGAAAAUGGCACAUGGGAACUGGUACCUCCGCCUGAUGAUAAAAACAUUGUGGGAAGUCGAUGGGUCUUCAAAGUCAAGCGAAAGGCAGACGGAUCAGUUGAAAAGUUUAAAGCACGUCUUGUGGCACAGGGAUACUCGCAGACAGAAGGCAUUGACUACAAUGAAGUGUUCUCCCCAGUUGUUCGAAACACAUCUAUUCGAUCAUUGUUGGCUCUAGCAAACAUCUUGGACUGGGAGAUACAUCAAAUGGAUGUGAGGACCGCUUUUCUUCAAGGAGAUCUAACAGAUGAGAUAUAUAUGAAGCAACCCGAAGGUUAUCGAAGCAAAGAAAAUCCUGAUCACGUGUGUAAACUAAAGAAAAGUCUCUAUGGAUUGAAACAAUCCGCUAGAUGUUGGAACUCUACACUAGAUAGUUUCCUGAAAUCCAGUGGUUACAAGCAAGUUGGCGCUGAUUCGUGCCUGUACAUGAAGUCUGUUAAGCUGCAGAAUGGCAAAAUCAAUUUUGUUAUCUUAUCAAUCCAUGUAGACGACAUCUUAUGGUUCUCGAACGACGUGAUUAUGUUAGAGGAAGAGAAGGUUGCAAUUGGCACUAAGUUCAAAGUGGAAGAUUUGGGCGAAGUUAGUCAUAUCCUGGGAAUGUUGAUCAAACGCGAUCGAGACUCAAGAACACUAACCAUAAGUCAAUCCAAAUACUUGGAAGGUGUCUUGAAGAGAUUCAAUAUGGAAGAGUGCAAACCUGUAUCUACACCUCUUGAACCCGGAAAACAAUUCCACGAGUUAUCCGAUGAUGAAAGACCAGCAAACAUUCAUGAAUAUCAGAAGAUUAUUGGUUGUUUAACUUACGUUACAACGGCAACACGACCUGAUCUAGCUGCAGCAGUUGGCAUUUUGUCGAAGUACAUGACCAAACCUAGCCAAGAACAUUGGAAAGGUGUAAAAAGAAUUUUGAGAUAUAUUAAAGGAACACUAAACUUUGGUAUUACUUUUCAAGCUAAAGACCAAACGUGUAUCUUAACUGGUUAUUCCGACGCUGACUGGGCAAACGACACAGAAACAAGACGUUCCACGUCUGGAUAUAUAUUUCAGAUUAGCGGAUGCACAAUUAGUUGGUGCAGCAAGAAACAGUCUUGUGUAUCUAGAUCGUCCACGGAAGCUGAAUACAUGGCAUUAAGUCUUGCAACUCAGGAGGCUAUUUGGCUAAGACGAUUACUAGAAAAUAUCGGAGUCAAGCAGAAAGAAUCCACAGUAAUGUGCGAGGACAACCAAGCGGCAAUCCAAUUAUCGAGAAACCCGAAGUUCCACAACCGCACGAAACAUAUCGAUGUAGCAUUCCAUUUCGUGAGAGAGAAAGUGCAAGAUAAGUCUAUUGAUGUUGUGUAUUGUCGAACGGAUGAAAUGCUCGCUGACAUUUUAACAAAAGGUCUUCCAAGACAGACAUUUGAGAAGUUGAGAAAGCAGUUAUGCGUAACUGACAUUAAGUAA